GUGUGUGGUACCAAAAACAUGACAAACUAAAUGCCUGUGUCAUUACAGAACGCUGAAAGUGGUCAUGGCCCAUUGACUCUCUCUGCAUCCUCCAACCCGCUGAAGACCUUCCCUUUGACAUCCACACCAGUGAAAACCUUUCCCUCGGACCAAGGACUAUCGACAUCGUGCCCCGACACACCUGGGACCCUUGAUUCAAGUUUUAUCACUGUGGGUGAAGCAGACAAACUAUCAGCCCAAGACAACUGUCACCCCCACGUCAACGUCUUCAUCAGAAGAUGAAGGCAUCAAUGACUGGCAUGGAAAGAAGAUCAUUGUGAAUGAGUCCUGCUUGAUGUCACUUUUCAAAUUUUGCCAGAUGUGCGGCAAGCCUCUGUCAUCAAAAACUGUCUUUGACUGUGGGGCGCAAAGGAAGGUGACGUGGACAUGUCUUGCUGGACAUUCCGGGACAUGGAGAUCAUCGCCUGAAGUGAGGGGAAUGGCAGAGGUGAACCUCCUCGCAGCGGCAGCUGUUCAGUUCAGGGGUGGCACGUACACUGAACUGUCAGACUGGUGCAAGACCAUGAAUGUCCAAAUGAUCGCCAAGACUACAUUUUAUGAGAUGCAGAAGGCUUACUUGCACCCUGCCAUUGAAUACCUAUAUCAACAACAGAGAAAAUAAAUCAUGGCCAGAGUGUACCUAGAACAGGAGGAUGGGAAGAAGCUACACUUGUCAGGGGAUGGCCGGUGUGACACCCCAGGUUUCAGUGCCAAGUACUGCCAUUACACCCUCAUGUUGGACGACACCAAGGAGAUUAUUCACACAGAACUGCUGCAGUCUACAGAAGCCGGCAGCUCUGUUGCCAUGGAACCACUCGGUUUCAAAAGGGGCAUGAAGGAGAUCAUGGGUGAUGGCUUAGAUAUUGAGGUGAUGACCACGGACCGCUCAACAUUGAUAUGCAAGAUCAUGAGGGAAGAAUUCCCCAAUGUUCAGCAUGAGUUUGACAUCUGGCAUACAGCGAAAGGUUUGAGGAAGAAGAUACAGAGGAAAGGAGCAAUUAAAGGGAACGAAAUUCUUGCUGCAUGGAGCAGGUCAAUCAUAAACCACAUGUGUUUUACCUGUGCAACAAGCAAGGGUGAUGCAGAGAUACUGAAAUGCAGAUGGCAGUCCAUUCUACACCACGUGUGUAAUGAGCAUGAAUGGACAGAGGAUGAUGGACAAACAAACCGGUGUGGACAUCAUCCUCUAACAGCCCAGGAGCAAAGCAAGCGCCAAUGGAUGAAGAGGGAGUCUUCAGCGUUUGAAAAUCUCGAAUCGCUGGUAAAUGACAAAAGGCUUUUGAAAGACCUGGAACAGAUGGCCCUGUUCAAACACACUGAGUUUAUAAUAGUUCUCCUUAUAAGCUGGAAUACUUUACAAAAUCACUCCGUAAUGAUCAUGUUUUCAUUCUCAUAUUCUUUUCACUUUUUAUUUUAUUGCAUACAGGGCCGCUGGAGAUCUUUCACAGUGCAAUGCUCAAGUACCUCCCAAAAAGGCAGGGAUUCUCUUUCCAGGGAAUGAGAGAAAGGGGUCAUCUUGCAUGUUUGGAGCACAAUGAAAACAUUGUCAAAAGAAAGCAGGCCACAACCAAGACAGGUGUGUAGUAAGAGUGGCUCAAUGAAGAAUCAAGAAUAUAAUUUUCACAGCUUACACGGUUUGCAGAUUUAGCUGAAUAAUUCGGGUAUUUCAUUUGAAAAAAGUACAGCAUCUCAAAUGUUGCCUUUAUAGUCUUAUCUAUAAUUAUUUUUAAUUUAUUUUGCAGGACAACCACGCUUCAACCAAGUGUUUUGCAGGAGAUCCAAGCAGUGGGUCGUGAAGCAGAUUUUUAUUCCACACACCACCCAGUUCAUUGACACACUUGUCACAAGUGUCAUAACCAGAAGACGAAACCCAACGAUUCUAUAUAAGGUUUCAACAUCCUCACUUGCCCUGCCCCAGCCUGCGCUGCCACCUUACAUUGCACCAGUGCCAAAACCACCAAAGGAGGCGGCAGUGGCUGAAUUAAAAAGGCGCUUCUGAGAGGGACAUCUGACCUAUUUUAUCUUUUUAAACGUAUCUUUUAUAAAACAUUUGUUUUCAAUCUUAUCUUUGUAAAUAUUGGAUCAUUUUCCUUUGUGAAUAAAAUCUUAUUGUUUUUACUACCUUACCUUGGACUCCUGUAUAAACCCAUGUUCACCAUAACAAACUUCACUGCAAUAAUUAUUUACAUUUCUGUCAUUACAUUUUUUUCCAUAUGGUUAAAACUACAAUUUGUGGUAUAAAUCACGAAGUUGCAAAGUAGGUUCAACAUACAGCCAUCAUGUAUGAAUGUAGCAAGAAUAGAUUUAUAAGUACUUUAGGUAUCAUUUGUAUAUUACUGUACAUCAAACAUUUGCUAAUUACAGUAUUUCAGCAUAUCAAGUAGGCUAUAUGUAAACCUUUUCUCCCCAGUUGAAAUAAGUGUUCAUCUUAUACAGCAGGCCUACUUUAGUGUAACAUCAUUUGGUAUAGUAAACAAAUCACAACAACCAACAUGAAUUUGAAGUUUUAUUCAUAAAAUAUAAACUAUAUACAAAAACAAAACGUAUGGCGAGUUUGCUAAAUAUCACAGCUCAUCUUGGGCAUCUACCGUCUCCUGGUAGCCACGGUACUGCCCAUCUUGUGUUGGGUAAUUAGCCCUGAUGGCCUGGACAACACACGCUGGCAAAACAAGGCGAUUGCCUCUCCCAAGUCUCUCACCUUGCAGUAUCCACUCCAGGAAAUGCCGGUAAGAUGUUAGCCUAUACUGUCUAAGAAAGAAAGAACAAAAUUAGCAAAGCAAGAUAAAUUAUGCCUCGAGUAGCCUACAGCAUUACACAGACUUGAAGCUAAAGUAACGUAGCCUAUGCUCUGCCAAUAAGGUGGGCUACUUUCGGAUAACUACAUUGUCACGUUCCCUGUGACUCAAAACUAUUGUAGCCAAUGUGUUAGUAAACAAACACUUAC